AUGUUUCCCUCCCAGCAGGCCAGACCUUUCCUGUUACCGUCCACUGUUCCCAAGCCUAAGUCCAAGGCGGCACAUCCAGGACAUGUGCGACGGACGCUUUCUUGGAUCAUCUUCCUUGCCGUUUCGGCUUUCCUGACAGUAAACCUAUUCGGCCAGAUUCGUGGUGGAGUUUGUCGGACGUCUUCACUCCUGCCGAGACUGGGUGGUUGUCCGGCAAUCCUCGCCGCAGUAUGGGACUUAUUUUAUCACCUGGGCGGCAAUGGACCAUGGAUACCCAGGAAAGAUGGAGUUCCUUACUCCAAUGCAUCACUACCAAAGCAGUGUUCGGUAGAUCAGGUGCACAUGUUGUCACGUCAUGCCGAACGGUAUCCUACCAGGAAUGCCGGUGCUAGACAUCUUCAACUUCUGCAUCGGCUACACAGUUCCGAGGUGACGCUCACCGGGUCGCUCUCCUUUCUCAAAAGAUGGACCUAUUUCACAGACCCUUAUGGUCCUGCUUUCGAGAACCUGACCGCAACGGGCCCAUUCGCCGGGACGUCACAAGCCUUCAAUACCGGUAAAUCACUACGACUACGUUACGACCACCUCGUGCCGAAGAAUCGGUCGACCAAGUUCUGGUCUUGUAGUUCUGCGAGAGACAUCUUGACAGCCGAAUACUUCGCUGAUGGGUUUUUCGGUUCAGACUGGUCCACGAAUGGUUCUGCUGAGCUAGAAGUGAUUCCUGAAGACCGAGACCGAGGGGCUGACACACUCACGCCAGGAGAUACCUGUCAUAGGUAUGUCGAGGAUGGCACCUACGGUCACGACUACGGAUACCGGAAACUGGAAGAAUGGCAAACAGUGUUUACAGAACCCAUCGCUAGACGACUCGCUCAGCAUGCCCAGGGACUGGACCUGAGUCAUCUGGACAUCUACAGCAUGAUGGAGAUGUGUGGUUUCGAGGUUCUAGCUCGGGGUUCCAGUUCUUGGUGCAACGUCUUUACUCAUGAGGAGUGGUCUCACUUCGCAUACGCUCGAGACCUUCUGCAUUUCUAUAGGGCCGGGCCGGGCAACAGCUAUGCUGGAGCGAUGGGAUGGCUCUGGUUGGAUGCCACCCAGAAUCUCAUGUCGAACGAGUCUUCGAAGGACGUCUACUUCAGCUUCGUCCACGACGGAGACAUCGUGCCCGUCAUGGCCACCUUGCAGAUUCUGAACGAGCAUCGUGUUAUACAAGAGCUGCCUACCAAUCAGAUGAAGCGGGAUCGACGCUGGAAGACAAGCGACAUUGUGCCCAUGGGCGGACGAUUGAUUUUUGAGCGGAUUGCCUGUGGUGAGGCUUCCCUGACUAGUCGUCAGGACUAUUUUGUGAGGCUGUUCAUCAACGACGGUCUCACCAGAUUUCCUGGCUUGCCACAUGUCGACAAGAUCACGCACGCGGUUCGACUGGCAGAUUUCCAGCGCUUCAUCGCCUCGAGGAAAGACUUGUUUGGAGAUUUCCGUCAGGUUUGCAAUCUAUCUGAAGACGCGCCCGACAAGAUCACCUUCCUUCAUCAAUAG